AUGCGUGUACUCGAAUUCAGAGAAGACUGGGGCGGACCCCUAAGCGAAUUCCAAAAAACCAUCGUCGUUUAUGAAGAAGACGGUCUUCAUUACCGGGCGUUUUCACGUGAACGAUAUGCAAGCGAAGCUGAUAUCCGAUUCGUCGACUUGUAUAGCACGAACAUGAUCAGAGGGCGGAUUUACCCUCUGUUCAACGAGGCCUUUACCAAGGCAGAGGGCUCUCCAGAGCAAUUGGCGGAAUUGCAUUUCAAAACCCCCACCUUGACCAUCUACACUCCCAGAAAUCCCGGCCUGAUUGCGGAGACAUGGCACACCGAACUCACCAUUUGCGAGUUGAUCAGGAAGAACCCGCACCCAAACAUUGCGGUGUACCACGGUUGCUCUGUUUCUGAAGAUAAUGAGAUCAGAGGGGCUUAUUUCAGCUGUUACGACCAGACGUUGAUGGACAAAGUUAACCCCACCCGACUGUCGAAGCUUGAGUUCGCCUGGGACAACGUUGAACCCGAUCUAGCCCAAAUUGAUCGCUGGGUCCAAGGAAUCCAGGCGGGUUUGGAUCAUCUCCAUUCCCUUGGGAUCGUUCAUAAUGAUAUUAACCCGAACAACAUCAUGUUUGAGGGGGAUACGCCAGUCAUCAUUGACUUUGAUUCUGCCCGCGUCAUUGGCGGUGAUCUGACCUGGGUCAAGCAGACAGAUGGCUGGUUCGACCCAAAGACCAACAGAGCCCUGGUGAGCAAUGACAAUUCCGCAUUGUUCGAAAUCAAGGCGUGGCUUAUGGGGACUGCUGAGCUGUUCCAAUUCUGA